AACGUGAGGAAGAAGACGAACUCGUUUCUCUAUUUAUUUCAAUUUUGCAGGGACACCUAAAUCAUAACCUAACAAGUCAACGCCACCGUUUUUCAGAGAAAUGAUACGCCCUAAGCAUAUUAGUAACCUUUCAAGUACAGCAAGAUCCUUUUUACUGAAUGGAUCGAGAACAAGUGUAGCUGAUGGGAAUUCGUGUGCAUACACGGACGAUGAAACUUGUGUCUGGAGACGUCAGCAACUUAGGAAGGAAGUUGCACAGACUGAAAAACGACCAUCCAGUAUCCUCCCAAAGCCUUCAGUUGUGGGAUGUAUAUUACCAGGAGAAGUAACUAAACCUGUGGUUCCAAAGAAGGUUGAUGAUUUUGGUCGGCCAUCUCUAUUGCCACAGCAUGUUUCUUCUUCCCCUGCUUUGCCGCUUAAAUCACAUUCGGUUAAUUAUGCAUCAACCAUCGUUAAAGAGGAGGUGGAAGGUAAAGCUUCUUCAGAACCUAUUGGGGAUCAGAUUUUUAAGGCCGGUAUUGUAGCAGUAAAUUUUCUGUCAGAUUUAGCGAAUUGUAAGAUUCCUUCGUAUGAUGGAGGAAGUGAAGCGUUUGGAUUACCGAAAAGCUGUAUGGUUGAUCCAACCCGGCCUAUUUCAAGUGUCAAGUCGUCGUCUGUGAAAGCUAUAAGAAGAGAGCAGUUUUCCAAAGUUUACCCUAGAUCAGCUGCAAAAGAGUCGUCAAUCGGUAAAACUAGAAAUCCCAGUAGCAAUUUCCGAGGGGCCAAGGAAGCUGAAAGAACUGGAUUUGUUAAAGGAUUCAGAGAAGUUUCUAAUUCUGUGGUAGGAAAGUCAUUACCCACAACAAAUAACACAUAUGGCAAGAGGACAAGUGUGUUGCAAAGACCCCAUAUUGAUUCGAACAGGUUUGUGCCAAGCGGUUUCAGUAAUUCUUCAAUGGAAAUGGUGAAAGCGCCUCCAGGGACUGCUUUGACAUCAAGGCAGUAUUGCAAUUCCGGAUACAUUGUGGAAAAUGUUUCCAGCGUUUUGCGAAGAUUCAGGUGGGGCCCUGCUGCUGAAGAGGCCCUUCAAAAUCUCGGUUUGAGGAUAGAUGCAUACCAAGCAAACCAAGUUCUUAAACAGAUGAAUGACUAUGGAAAUGCUCUUGGUUUCUUCUACUGGUUAAAAAGGCAACCUGGGUUUAAGCAUGAUGGGCAUACUUAUACCACUAUGGUGGGUAAUCUCGGUCGUGCUAAGCAAUUUGGUGCAAUAAACAAGCUCCUCGAUGAGAUGGUUAGAGAUGGAUGUCAGCCAAACACAGUUACGUAUAAUCGACUUAUCCAUAGCUAUGGCCGCGCCAAUUACCUGAACGAAGCUAUGAACGUGUUCAAUCAAAUGCAAGAGGCUGGAUGCAAACCUGACCGUGUAACUUACUGUACCCUUAUAGACAUUCAUGCUAAAGCUGGAUUUCUUGAUAUUGCCAUGGAUAUGUACCAGAGAAUGCAAGCAGGAGGUCUUUCUCCUGAUACUUUCACUUACAGUGUCAUAAUAAACUGUCUUGGAAAAGCUGGACAUUUACCCGCUGCACACAAGCUCUUUUGUGAGAUGGUUGAUCAGGGUUGUACCCCUAACUUGGUCACAUACAACAUCAUGAUGGACUUGCAUGCCAAAGCGAGAAACUAUCAGAGUGCGUUGAAGCUUUAUCGUGACAUGCAAAAUGCUGGGUUUGAGCCUGACAAAGUGACAUACAGCAUUGUGAUGGAGGUGCUUGGGCACUGUGGAUAUCUCGAGGAAGCAGAGGCUGUUUUCACCGAGAUGCAGCAGAAGAACUGGAUUCCUGAUGAGCCAGUUUAUGGUCUUUUGGUGGAUUUGUGGGGGAAAGCUGGUAAUGUGGAAAAGGCGUGGCAAUGGUAUCAGGCAAUGCUUCAUGCUGGUCUGCUACCUAAUGUUCCUACAUGCAAUUCCCUUCUUAGUACCUUCCUUAGGGUUAACAAGAUAGCUGAAGCUUAUGAGUUAUUACAAAACAUGCUGGCACUUGGUCUACGCCCCUCUUUGCAGACAUACACGUUACUCUUGAGCUGUUGCACAGAUGGUCGGUCAAAACUUGACAUGGGUUAUUGUGGCCAGCUGAUGGCAAGCACAGGUCAUCCAGCACACAUGUUUCUCCUCAAGAUGCCAGCAGCGGGUCCAAAUGGCGAAAACGUGCGCAACCAUGCGAACAACUUCCUGGAUCUUAUGCACAGCGAGGACAGGGAGAGCAAGCGAGGACUCGUGGAUGCGGUGGUUGACUUUCUACACAAGUCCGGGCAAAAAGAAGAGGCAGGAUCUGUCUGGGAAGUUGCUGCACAAAAGAAUGUGUUUCCUGAUGCAUUAAGGGAGAAAAGCUGCAGCUACUGGCUUAUCAAUCUCCAUGUAAUGUCAGAGGGAACUGCAGUCACUGCACUGUCUAGGACGCUUGCUUGGUUCCGUAAGCAGAUGUUAGACUCGGGAACUUGCCCUUCUCGAAUUGAUAUAGUAACUGGUUGGGGAAGACGUAGUAGAGUCACCGGUACAUCAAUGGUGAGACAAGCAGUUGAAGAGCUUCUCAACAUCUUUGGUUCACCGUUUUUCACGGAAAGUGGAAACUCAGGUUGUUUCGUUGGAUGUGGAGAGUCUCUCAACAAAUGGUUGCUGCAGUCUCAUGUUGAGAGGAUGCAUUUGCUGUGAGUUUUUGUAUCACAAUUUAGGCUUUUUAUAUUUUUAAUAUCUUUUGGCCGAUUGAUGUUAUGAAUUGUUUAGCUUUCUAAGUCAUAAGUUAAGGUUAGAGUUAGACAUAGGCUUUCUCUCAAGUCUUGUGUCCUCGGCUUUUCAGUUGUAUCUUCCUCUCGCAAUAAUCUGAGAUUUACUUG